AUGGCAAAGCUCGACACGAAAAACGAUCUGAACCGCGUUGGUUUGUUCUCAGAGCUUGGAUACAUUUCGAUUGGCGACCCUUACAAGCGGCAAAGUACAAGUAAGUAGACGAUUUUCUCCAUUUUAAUCUGCGUAAUUUCCAUUCUAAGUGUAAUAAUGGACGUGAGUUCUGCUUUUUAGCUUUUGUAAAGCCGGACAUGGAAGAAAUGAUGGUUUUCGUUGUUGUUUUUACAAGUUUGUUUGCAUUGUCAUAACAUAUUGUUCUACUGUUAGGCUUUGGUGGACACUAUACAUAAUUUAGGUAGAAAACCUUUUAACAGAAGAAAAAGAAAAAUAUAUAACAACUCUCUCAUCCUUGCACUGGUGGUCAAUGAAUCCCCGGUUGUUUUAUUUUCGUUUAUGCUUGACAAUCUCUGAAGAGACACGAUGCAGUAAGUUAUGGAUGCCUUAGAUAUUAUACACUGUGGCUUAAUAAAAACAAAAUCAAGAGCCAUAGGAAAAAACUCAGUCUGUACUUAAGACAUUACAGACCUCAAACCUGUAUCAGUAAAUAGUAAAAUUUAAUUGUAAUUAUGUUAAUUGGAGUGAUGAGUAGUGUAUUUGGCAGAAAAAAAUACUCUGAAUAAUAUUAUGCUAAUGCUCUUUGUACAAAAUUCCCACAGAUUUCAAUGUGGCAGCUCACAAAGGAAAACAGAUGCUUCCUGGGGGAAGUAAAACGAGAUCAGCACUUCAAGCAGGAUACUUUGAUCAAAAAUUCAAUAGAAUAAUGGAAGGUGAAGCAUUCUCUGAUCCAGUAAAGCGAAGACGACAACAAAAACUCAAGAGCUCAAAGCUUAACUUAGGAAAGGCUUUUGUUCCAAGCAAUGGAGAGAAACUACCGUAAGUUUUGUAUUGUCAAUGUAUUACAUGCAUAAUUUAGACAUCAAGUUUUGUUUUACUCUAUUUCAAACCAAUUAAAAGGGCUUGAAAACCAUUUUAAGGGAUUUUGCCUUCCCCUACUCACCCCCUCCCCCCCCAUCAUGCAAGCUGUUUCCCAGAAUCCCCUUUAGCUAGCAUGCCUCAAUCACAAGUUACUUUUGUUGAUUGGUUGGUUGAUUGAUUGGAAAAAUCAAUAAUUGAUUAUACAAAGUACAUAUUUCUGUUGAUCAAUAAUGCAAGAUCUACCUUAGAAUGAAUAAUGAAUUACCACUAUAAAUUUUAAUUUAUAGUACUGUAGUAAUUCAAAAGCUGGUAAAUAUGACGGAAUAGAAGGGAUGGGCAAGUGUGCCUGGGAAUACUGACAGAAACUUCAAAACGGUUGAUCAAACCUGAAAGCCUCCAUAAAUAAAGUGCUAGCCACAAAGUCUUGAUAUUGUAUAAUUUUUUAAAUUUGUCUCCAAGCUUCAAAACCUUUUUGCCAUCAGGACUCAGAUUGUAGAACAAGGAUUCAGUAGUGUGACCUGGUUUAUGGCUUGUAGUUUUUUUGAUUGCGAAAUGUUAAGCAUUGUUGUGUAACUUCCCCUUAUUCGCCUACUUCCAACCCUUUUAGGACUCUUACCUCCUACCUUAUCCUCUCCCACCUCCUGUGCCCCUGCCACCCCUAUUCUGUUGGGCUUCCACGGUGUUCUCCCUAAAUUUUAGCUCAGGAGGUAAGGGACCAUUCAUAGCUGGUAAGGCAGAAAAUAUGCACUCAUAUGCAUAUGAGGUGCACUUUCCUGGGGGCAGGGGGGUAGUGGAGUGCGGGACAUGGCCCCACCCUUAAUGUAGGGAAAUUUAUGAGCUUAAGUCUCUAAAACGUCAUUCCCUCAUUUUAAGACCUAUUUUACACUAAUCUGCCAUCCACAUGUUCAUUCAUUUCCUUGUGGCAUGUGAGAAUCGGAUUGGAUCGGAUCACAACUUGUGCGUUUCUUGAAAGUACUUCUUUAAUUUAGGAAAAUGUCAGGCCAUUGCAGGCGGUAACAAGUGUUGCUUCAGAUGGGAAAAAUUACUGGUUACCGCCUGAUGAGAAGAACACUGCUUCCAACCCCAAGGGGGGACAUGAAUUAGACAGGAGGCAUUUAAAGGAGUCUCUUAAUCAAACUUCACAUUGUAGGGGGGUGUUUUUUAGACAAGAAGCAUUUAUUUGAGACUUGGCGUCAUUAACAUUAUUUAUGGUACAUGUAUUUCUUGGUUGACAAUUAUUGACUGUCUAUAGUUCAGGGGCUGGAAAUCAUUAUGGAACAUUCAGUGGACCCAUCAAUGCCUUCAGUCCGGUUUCAAAAGGGAAGAAAGCAGCAGAUUCACCAGGAAAGAACUUCCUAACAAAUCCACCAAAGAAAGGAACCGGUUAUGGCUAUCUUCAUGUCACCAUUGGUGCCCCUCCAAAAUACAUGUCAGAUGCUUUUGAACGUGCCAGAGAAUUAAGAAAGGUGAUUGGAUGAUAUAUACAUGAAGACACUUCAAAAAAUAAAAUAGAGUUAUCAAUUAAAUUAAAUAUUACAUAACCAAUAAUACAUUAGUGUAAAAACUCGUGCUCUGUACUGGCAAUUAGCUGCAUUCCCAACUUCCAACCUUAGAUUUGUGUUUUAAAAAGAAAAACUAAAAAAAAAACAUACUGGAGUUUGCUGAAUCUUCAUGGUUCAUGAACUGUGAGCUUAAAUUUUACAUUGUAAGGUUUUCCACUGUAGUGUUUAUUAUAUUCUUUCAUAAUGACUUUGGUCACACUUUAGAGAGUUUAAUUUUGAUUUAGGCAAAAAUUUUCUUAUUACCCACAAAUGGUUGGCAUUAUUUCAGUCGCAACUGAGCAAAGUCGUGUCAAAUUUGUCACAACAGCAUCUUUGACAAUGAUGUGUUAGCUAAUAGUUUUGUAUGGAAAAGUGAAAAAGUGAACUUUGGUACAGAGAGAAAAUGUGGGUUAUAGAAAUUAAAGGUUGGGGUACUCCAAUUUUGUAGUAAUUGUCCCAGGUUUGUGACUUGCUGAAUUCUAAAAACUGUUCAUAAUAAAUACAUAUGAUUAACUGUUUUGUUUACAGAAAGAAAUGGAAGCAAGUUUUAAAGCAAGAAAAGGAGGACCAUAUAAACUUAAUCUCCACCCAAAAGCCUUUUUUGAUGGAAAUCCAUACAAA